AUGGGCUCAAAACGCGACUACAGUGACCUUACGGCCGAUGACAACGAUGAUCUAUCUUUGUCCUCCUCCAACAAACGGCGACGCGAGCAGCAGGGCUCGAAGUUGAGGCAAGCCGAGAGCAAAGCCGACCCGACCUACGGUCAACGCGUCGCCUUCCCGGGCCUCGACGACGACGAACCCGCGCAAUUAACAGACGACGACCUGGAAUUCGAAGAACAUGACGAGGCGCUUGCCUAUCUACGAGCCGUCCGACAAGAAGCAAGCAACGUCCCGCACGUUCUGGUGGCGCCUAAAGCCGGCCCGCAACUACCUCCCCAUCUUCAAGCCGCCAGCGACGUCGACCGCAGCAUCUACGAUGACGGCGUCGGCGACUCCCGCGGGUACUACCACGACGGCGCCUACACAGCGGCGCCCUCAACCCCAUCCGAGUCUUCCUCUCCCGAACCCUCUGAUAUCGACGACUCGGCUUCCCAAGAUGCAGACCGCCUCGCUCGAAACAAGGCGGCUCUGCGCAAAACCUAUUACGCCUCCCUCACCGCCCAAUUCCUCUCUCUCCGCGCCCUCCUCCACCGCACCCCGCCACCGCACCUCGUCGCGGCCCUGCCGCCCGACCACGGCACGGAGGUGGGCGCCUUCGGCCCGCGCUCCUGGACCUUCCGCGUCUGGAGUCGGCGCCUGCGCCACACGGACCCGCUGCCCGUGCAGGUCGCCGCGCUGGACCGGCGCGCCGUGCUGAGGCUGCUGCGCGUGCUGCUCGCCGGCAAGUUCCUCCGGCGCGGGCACGAGCUGCGUGAGCGCACGAGCCGCUGGCUCUGGGCGCUGCUGGCGCGGCUGCCGGACCGCGGCGAGAUGACCUACGCCGAGGUCGGCUGGGUGCGGGAGCUGGGCAAGCGGGCGGUGCUGAUGAUGAUUAGCAUGGCACAGGCCGAGGCUCUGAGGGAGGCGGUUGAGGGGGAUCUCGAGGGGGAGGAGGCAGAGGAUGAUGAUGAAGGGGAGGCGGAACCUCGCUCCGCCGGCGCCGCGGCGGAGUCCGAACCACACGUUACCACUACCUCCGCCACUGAUGGGAACGGCGAUCAGGAAGAAGCAAAGGAAGAAGCAAAGGAAGAAGAAAAGGAAGAAGAAAAAGAAGAAGGAGAAAUAGACAUGGACCUCGACGAAGGCGAAGUCACCGACGACGACGACCCGCCGGCCUCCGCAGCCGCCGAAAACAAGGCCAUCGAAGCCGACAUCGCCGCCGCCAAGGCGCGGCUCCUGGCGCGGCUCGAGGCCGUCCCCGAGACGCAGCAGGCGGAUGCCGAUGCGGAUGCGGAUGCCGGCGCCGACGAGCAGCCGGAGCGCGAGCAGGGCGGGGGCGAGGACGAUGCCGACGACAACACCGUGUUCGACGACGCGGCGCGCGCGCAGGCCAACGUGCACGCGACGCUGAACAUGAUCCUGACCGUGGCCGGUGAGUUGUACGGGCAGCGGGACCUGCUCGAGUUUCGGGACCCGUUUCCUGCGCUGUAA